CCCACCCGAGCGCCCGCGCCAGGUAGCGCCGCCCGGUCCCGUGGCCGGGCCCGGGGGCGCGGGGCGGCGGGGUGCGGUGCCCGGGGCAGCGAUGACCGCGCAGCGCGCCCCGCGGGCCCGACCCUGAGCCCCGCCGUCCUCAAGUCCCGCCGAGGUCCGCGCUGGCCGAGAUGGCGCCGCGCCCCGCGCUGCUGCUCUUCCUGCCGCCGCUGCUGCUGGGGGCCCUCCCGCAGGCCGUCGCCGCGCGAGGCCCCCCAAGGAUGGCGGACAAGGUGGUCCCACGGCAGGUGGCCCGGCUGGGCCGCACUGUACGGCUGCUGUGCCCUGUGGAGGGGGACCCGCCACCACUGACCAUGUGGACCAAGGAUGGCCGCACAAUCCACGGCGGCUGGAGCCGCUUCCGUGUGCUGCCCCAGGGGCUGAAGGUGAAGGAGGUCGAGCGGGAGGACGCAGGCGCCUAUGUGUGCAAGGCCACCAAUGGCUUUGGCAGCCUCAGCGUCAACUACACUCUCAUCGUGAUGGAUGAUACCAGCCCAGGAAGGGAGAGCCCAGGCCAGGACGGGUCCUCAGGGGGCCAGGAGGACCCAGCCAGCAGGCGGUGGGCACGGCCCCGCUUCACGCAGCCGUCCAAGAUGAGACGCCGGGUGAUUGCCCGGCCUGUGGGCAGCUCCGUGCGGCUCAAAUGCGUGGCCAGCGGGCACCCACGCCCUGACAUCAUGUGGAUGAAGGAUGACCAGGCCUUGGCGCGCCCAGAAGCCAGUGAGCACAGGAAGAAGUGGACGCUGAGCCUGAAGAAUCUGCGCCCUGAGGACAGUGGCAAGUACACGUGCCGUGUGUCUAACCGCGUGGGCGCCAUCAAUGCCACCUACAAGGUGGACGUGAUCCAGCGGACACGCUCCAAACCUGUCCUCACGGGCACGCACCCGGUGAACACGACGGUGGACUUUGGGGGCACGACGUCCUUCCAGUGUAAAGUGCGCAGUGACGUGAAGCCAGUGAUCCAGUGGCUGAAGCGAGUGGAGUAUGGCGCUGAGGGCCGCUACAACUCCACCAUCGACGUGGGUGGCCAGAAGUUCGUGGUGCUGCCCACGGGUGAUGUGUGGUCCCGGCCAGACGGCUCCUACCUCAACAAGCUGCUCAUCCCCCGUGCCCGCCAGGACGAUGCGGGCAUGUACAUUUGCCUGGGCGCCAACACCAUGGGCUACAGCUUCCGCAGCGCCUUCCUCACGGUGCUGCCAGACCCAAAGCCACCGGGGCCACCUGUGGCUGCUUCGUCCUCGACCACUAGCCUUCCAUGGCCCGUGGCCAUCGGCAUCCCGGCUGGUGCCGUCUUCAUCCUGGGCACUGUGCUCCUGUGGCUCUGCCAGGCGAAGAAGAAGCCAUGUGCGCCUGCGUCUGCCCCUGCCAUGCCCGCACACCGCCUGCCUGCCACAGCCCGCGACCGCGGUGGGGACAAGGACCCGCCCGCACCAGCUGCCCUCGGCACCGCCCCUGCUGUGGGUCUUUGCGAGGAGCUUGGGCCCCCGGCAGCCCCCCAGCACCUUCUGAGCCCAGGCUCGCCUGCUGGCCCCAAGCUUUACCCCAGACUCUACACAGAUGUGCACACACACACGCACACACACACGCACACACACUCACACGUGGAGGGCAAGGCCCACCAGCACCAGCAUCCCCAUUGCCAGUGCUAGGCCGCUGUGGGCUGCGUGGGGCGGGGGCUGGGCCCAGGCGGGAGGUAGGGCCCACGAGGCGCACAUCGGACAUGCGUGCGCAGUCAUGCACACAGACACACAGACAUGCCACAGGUGUGCGUGUGCAGUUAUACACACGGACGUGCUCAGACUGAGCGGCCUUAGGAGGGCCUGUGUUAGUGGCCACGUAGCCGUGGCUGGUUGAUGAAGGAAUUGCCUGGCCUGGAGAGGGUUUCACGGGGACCGUGGUCACACCCCAGCCUGGCCUGGCGGGUUGUCUGGGAGGCACCCUGGCGCUGUGGACCCUGACCUUCCCACCCUGCCCUGCCCUGCGAGGACCCUGCUCAGGCCACCCACUGUCUGGGGGGGUCCGCUGGCAGCCUGGGCCAGGGUGCCAGAUGUAGAAGUCCCAGACCUCUCCCUGAGGGGCUGGAACUUGGCUGGGGGUGACCCCUGCCCCAUGUGGCUUCCCACUGCCAGGGAGAAGGGGCCCUUGAUAUUUAUAUUUGAGAAAUUAAGGUAAUAAUGAUGGAAUGGGGGCUGGGCCACAGAGACCUGGCCCCUCCUCGGGCUCAGGACCUACUGGCCUUGUGGCCAUGCUGAUGUCCACCUUGGGGCCAGGUACCCAUCACUCCACUGUCCAUGGUGGCCCCAGACCUCUAAUUUUAUACAGAGUUUGAGCUGAAGCUUCCUAUAUUUAAUUUAUUUUGUUAAACAAGAAAAUGUGCAUCCUUUUCCUCUAA